AUGUCAAUACCCAAAGAUAUUCUCGCUGCUGAAGCGGCGGGCAGAAUUCCCGAUGGCAUACCUCUUGAGUAUCUUGCCCAGUCUCGAGACUAUCCCGCCAUCGUGGGCAUUUUGAUCGUGGUCUGUCUUUCAGCAAUCAUUCUGCUUCUGCGCCUCUACGCGCGAGGGUUUCUCGUCAAGAGACUGGGACUUGAUGACUGGCUGGCUGUCGCGACUAUGGUCCUCUACAUCCCCUUUGUCGUUCUUUCCCUCAUCCUCAUCAAACUGGGCAGUGGUCGGCAUAUCGAGUACAUCCAGUAUGUCCUCUCCAUGUCGACCGUCCGCCAAACCGAAAUCCUCGAUUUUGUCGCACAUAUCUUCUAUACGACCGCCCUCUUUCUGUGCCGCCUGUCCGGUCUUGCCUUUUAUUAUCGUAUCAGUGUCAAACAGAGCAAGCUCCGUCUGGUGAUCAUCGUCGUGGGAGUAAUCAUUUUUGCCGCAUAUUUGCCCCAGCUCUUCCUCCUGAUUUUCCAUUGUCUCCCCGUGACUGGACUUUGGCCCUAUGGCUGGCAGAUAGAGCCAGUCGCCUAUAAGUGUCUCAGUUGGGGUUUGGUCUACUCCGUCAAUUCCGGCGUUUCCCUCGCCUGUGAUGUGAUGAUGUUUAUCAUUCCGGGAAUCUUGAUCCAAAUGUUGCAUACCUCUUUGAGAAAGAAGAUCCAGCUGUCGGCCGUCAUGUUCCCCGGUAUCCUCGUCAUCAUCAUUUCUGCGAUUCGCGUCUGGCUCGUCGUUGAGGGCCAAUGGGCCGCCGAUGGUAGCUGGGCCUACAAUCCCAUGUUGUGUGUUGAGAAUGCCGAAAUCGCCGCAACUCUGAUCGCUCUCUCCGUGCCUGCGUUGAAGCCGCUCUUCGGCAAUAUCUUCGGCCACCUGCGCCUGACCGAGUAUACACCCAGCAACAGUCGCUCUCGCUUCACGUCCCGCCGAACGCAGCCCCGACCACCGAGCGGCGAGGGUUCGACGAACUGCGACGACAAAAAUCUGCUGAAUUGGUCCCAGCGUGGCCAUGAUAAUCAUGAGAUGAUGCCCACGGAGGUCUUUGUGUCUCGUGAUCGGCAAAAUCGGGGCUCUUCGAUCAAUGCAGCCGGCAUUCGGGUGACCAACGAAGUGGACGUUACUCGGACACAGACUGAUCGAUCGCGCUCUCGGGCUUCCACGAGAACUUCGACUUCAUCGCGUGUCCAGACACCACAUCUGCUAUAA